AUGUGUCCCAGCGAUUCCUCAGAGACAUUCCACUUCGCCGAAUCGCGCGCCGACGUCCCUCUCAAGCAGGAUAUUAAACCGGCAGUCAAGCUUCUAAGUCGAAAACCCCAGCUGGUCACCAGAAAUUCAUCCUCUUCGGGUACAAUCGAUGCUGCGACUGCGGGACUUGGUCAACUUGGGCUAGAUGACGAUGACGACUCAGAAGAUGAAAAGGCGCCCGAGCCAACACCCGAGGAGCGCCAGGCGAUUGCCAUCAAGAACAGAGAGGAAAAGCAGCGGAAGUACGAAGAGGUGCGUGAACGUCUCUUUGGGAGCCCGUCCGCCACCGCUUCUGGUACGUCGUCGCCUGGCAGCACGACCCCGCCUCGUCAGAACUCAGGUCAUUCUGGGGAAGGUCGAGGGCGAGGAAAGGGCCGUGGUGGAGGCAGGGAUCAUCGCGAGAAAAGAGACUCUUCGUCGGCCCCCAGCAAGUCUAAACAUCUUUACGACCCAUCUAUAUCGGCCAAGCCAAACGCAUCCUUUGGACGUGGUCGUGGCCAGCUCGAGCGAAAUGGCUCAGACCCUCUCGCUCCGCAGCAGCCACUACGCAACCCGCGAGGACCUGAUGCAAGUGGAAGAGGUGGCUUCAAUUUCAACCGCGGCGCUCGAACAAGCUAA